AUGCCAGAAGUCGAAUAUAAUCUGGCUUUUAUAAUAAUUCAUAGAAAUACAUAUAUUAACAGCCCACCGAUCAUCACCCCACCGAUCAUCACCCCACCGACCAUCACCCCACCGACCAUCACCCCACCGAUCAUCACCCCACCGACCAUCACCCCACCGAUUAUCACUCCACCGAUCAUCACACCACCGACCAUCACCCCACAGAUCAUCACCCCACCGAUCAUCACCCCACCGAUCAUCACCCCACCCAUCAUCACCUCACCGAUCAUCACCCUACCGAUCAUCACCCCAUCGAUCAUCACGCCACCGAUCAUCACGCCACCGAUCAUUACCCCACCGACCAUCACCCCACCGACCAUCACCUCACCGACCAUCACCCCACCGAUCAUCACCCCACCGAUUAUCACCCCACCGAUCAUCACCCCACCGAUCAUCACGCCACCGAUCAUCACCCCACCGAUCAUCAACCCACCGACCAUCACCUCACCGAUCAUCACGCCACCGAUCAUCACGCCACCGAUCAUCACGCCACCGAUCAUCACGCCACCGAUCAUCACGCCACCGAUCAUCACCCCACCGACCAUCACCCCACUGAUCAUCACGCCACCGAUCAUCACGCCACCGAUCAUCACCCCACCGAUCAUCACCCCACCGAUCAUCACCCCACCGAUCAUCACCCCACCGAUCAUCACCCCACCGACCAUCACCUCACCAAUCAUCACGCCACCGAUCAUCAGCCCACCGAUCAUCACCCCACCGAUCAUCACCCCACCGAUCAUCACCCCACCGAUCAUCACCCCACCGACCAUCACCUCACCAAUCAUCACGCCACCGAUCAUCACGCCACCGAUCAUCACGCCACCGAUCAUCACGCCACCGAUCAUCACGCCACUGAUCAUCACCCCACCGACCAUCACCCCACCCCCACCCCACGGACUAAUUUAA